AUGCGCUCGCUGGCGCAGGUGUUUGUUGCCCAGAUGGUGCCUCGUCUGCGGGCUUUAGUGGACGGGGACUCACUUUCGCUGCCGCCCGAGUUGGCGCCCGUCAGCCCUUUGUGGUCGCUCUUGAAGAAGCGCAGCCACGGCAGCGUUGUCGACAUGACGCUCGUCGUCGCGACCCACUGUCUUUUGAAAGCCAUGCUGCUGGUCGACGACGCCUCGCUCGCACCUUCGAUGAAGCGCGCGCUCAAGCAGCAGUACAAGUCGACCCUCUUGCGCAUACAAAGCGACAAGACGGACGGCAUCAACACCUCAAUGCUGCACUCGAUAUCGGGAUGGUACGUCAAGAUCCUGGGCGUGACGACGACCAAGUUGCGCAUCUUCCCAUCCGAGGCGCUGCGCGAUAUGUGGUGGUUCAACCCGUACAUGGCCGGCCAAUGCCUCCUCACGUCGUCGACCGUCUUUACGGGUCUCGCCGGGCACAUGCUGCUCAAUGACGUGGGCCAAGGCCGGCUCGUGCUCCAUCUCUACAAUGCGCUGCGCAUUCAUAACCGGAUCUUGCCUAUUGUAGAGCUCGACAUGCUGCUCGACUUGCUCGCCCGAGACAAGCACGUCUUCCCGACGGGGAUCCCGACGGCGCCAGGGCAUUUCGUCGCCGCUUUUGAGCUCUCGAGCGGCUUUGCCUUGAACACUGUGACCAAGGCCAUGCGCGCGUCGCCCGACCGUGCGCUCGAGACGCUGCGUGCGAACGCUGCCCACCGUGAGAAGCAAGACCGCCGCAGCAACCUCCAGAAGGCCCUCGGACGAUCCAUCACGCGCCAUCGCGACGUCGUGGGCACGAGUUUCUCGGACCUGAGCCACGCGUACCGAUAUGCUACCUGCAUGCAGCCGCUGCCCGUGCGCGAGGGCGGGACGCUGCCGGAUCUCCGCAAACUCUGGCGCGUGGCCGACGACGAGUGGCGCCGGUUCAUCCAGCUCGAUUUGAUGGCAAUGAGCACAGUCUUGACCGACGUGGCCAAGGAUAUCGCAGCGGAAAUGAUGCCAAUGCUGUCCAAAGUGCCCGACCUCAGUGUCGACAACAUCAUUCCGCGCUUGUUCCAUGCAGGCCGACUGCUCCUCUCAUGGUGCGAUCUAAGCAGCCUCGAGCACGAGCUGCUGCGGAACGCUGCGAGCAUCAUUACCGCGUCGAGUAGCAAGCUCCAGGACGCCUACAUCAUGCCACGCUCGUCGUAA